AUGGAAACUGUUUACAAAGGAAUACUGUCAAAUGAACAAGUGGUUGCCAUAAAGAAGUCCAAAGUUAGUGCCCCAAUUACCGAGAGUAGGCAAUUUGUUAACGAGGUGAUUGUUCUUUCUCAAAUCCACCAUAAAAAUGUUGUGAGACUGCUAGGUUGUUGUUUGGAGACCCAAACACCAAUAUUGGUUUACGAGUUCAUCGCCCAUGGCACUCUUUAUGAGCACAUUCAUAGGAAAAACAACAAAGGAACAUCACCCCUUUCAUUGCCAUUACGAUUGAAGAUAGCAUCAGAUACAGCAGAGGCACUAGCUUACUUGCACUACUCCACUUCUACCCCGAUCAUACACCGAGAUGUGAAAGCAACAAAUAUACUAUUAGACGAAAACUACACGGCAAAAGUAUCCGAUUUUGGAGCUUCACGAUUGGUUCCUGAUCAAGAUGAAGACAAACUAUCAACUUUUGUGCAAGGGACAGUCGGAUACUUAGACCCUGAAUAUCUUCAGUCAAACAUACUAACAGAAAAGAGUGACGUCUAUAGUUUCGGAGUUGUCCUAGUGGAGCUACUCACAAGCCAAAGGGCUCUUUGUUUUGAAAAGCCCGAGGCAGAGAGAAACCUAGCAAAAGUCUUUGUUUCCUUGUUGGACUCGGAUCGCUUGGGUCAAAUUCUUGAUGAUGAAAUAGUGGAGGGACACUUUGAGAGAGUCACAAAAGUGGCCGAUCUGGCAAAAGAUGCUUAA